CAUGAGCAACACGUCCUCUGAUUGGCUGAGCCGCUCUGAGGCUGUGUGUCUCUUCCUCCCGUUCAGAUGAAAAAUGUUAAAUAGACAUUUUGAUCCUCAGAAGAAUCUUUACUGAUUUCAGUUUCAGAGUUUUUAAAUCACAGAGAUCUGAUGAUGGAGGAGGAGGCUCUGUGCUGAGCUCAUGAAACCCUCUGAGGUCUCUUUCAUGUCGGAUUCAUUUCCUCCCUGCUGCAGCACUCACAGAGAACCAGAGAACCAGAGAACCAGAGCCUCCACAUGAAGCUCUGAAGCAUGGACGGGUGGAGCCCGAUCAACGCCACAGCCUCGGAUAACGAACGAUCCAGCUCCGAGGGGGACUACAUGGUGGAGCCCGGACCCGGAGGUGGAGCUCAGGAGGCGGCGGCGGCGGACAGAGAGCAGAGCCCGGACGGGGAGUGUGUGAUGGAGGACGGGGGCUCGGCUGCUGUGGGGUUCGGGAUCAGUGGGACCGGGGAGGGGAAGGUGGUGCUGGGUCGGUUCGGACAGAGGGACGAGAAAGAACUCAGGUACCUGCACUUGUUGUGGGAGCCCGGGCGAGCUGAGGGGGGGCCCGGCGGGGUCACGGGCAAGCUGGGGAAGAUGACGGGGAGCCGGGCCAGGAGGCACCACAGGACGGUCCGGAACCUCGGUCCCAUCAGCCAGGACGUUUAUGCUGCCAAGAGACUGAGGGAGGCAGCAAACAGCAACGACAUCGACACAGUUCGAAAGCUCCUGCAGGACGACAUAGACCCGUGUGUUGCAGACGACAAGGGAAGGACGGCUCUGCAUUUCUCUUCCUGCAACGGCAACGAGGGCAUCGUCCAACUGUUGCUGAGUCACGGCGCUGACCCCAACCAGCGAGACAGUCUGGGGAACACCCCCCUCCAUCUGGCGGCCUGUACCAACCACGUGCCUGUAAUCACCACGCUGCUGAGAGGAGGAGCUCGCGUGGACGCCCUCGACCGAGCAGGCAGGACCCCGAUGCACCUCGCUCGCUCUAAGCUCAACAUCCUCCAGGAGGGAGAUUCACGCAGCUUAGAGACGCUGAGAGGGGAAGUGACUCAGAUUAUUCAGAUGCUGAGGGAAUACCUGAACUCGAUGGGUCAGAGUGAAGCUACAGAGAGGCUGGAGCACAUUUCAACUCAGCUGCAGCACACACGCACCAAAGAACAGGUGGACGAAGUGACGGAUUUAUUGGCCAGUUUUACGUCACUCAGUCUACAGAAACAGAAUUUGGGGGACAGGUAGAAGAUGGAGUGUGUGGAGAGCUGAUGUGCUGCAUCUGAUGAAAAGACUGUUAUCUUUGUUUAAUAAAAAAAAAAGCUGAAAGUUUUAAUUCUCUGCACUUAAUUAUAUAUAUAUCCAUUUAAUGAGGGUAUGAAAAUAAAUCACAUCAGAAUGACUUCUCUUGAAAAGGAUGAAAAGAAACCACCUGAGGGGAAACCAUUCUCAGGAUCAGGCCCACAGUGCAGUGUGGCCUCAGCUCUCUACUGUGUGUGUGAGAGACUCUGUACGUGUGUGCGUGUGUGCGUGUGUGCGUGUGUGUGUGUGUGUGUGUGUGUGUGUGUGUGUGUGUGUGUGUAAAUCACAGCUAUGUGUUGACAUUUUUUCUUUAAGCCUGCCAACGUUAGCUUAGUGUUAAGAUAAUUAUGAGACAUGGAAGUAUUAAAAGUUUUCAUUGUUGCAUUUUCAGCCUCUCUGUGUCUCAUUGCCUUUUCUCUCGUGUUGCAUGUGAUGAUGUUGGUGCGUGAAACGUUCUGUAAAAACUGAUUUGGUUAUUGAUGGAAAUGAAAACAUGUGAAUUAAUAAAAUCAGUUUGUUUGGCUACUUA